AUGCCUAAGCCCAGACGCAACUUGCAGGCCACGGCCGAGGAGACCAUGACACCUCCCCAGACUCUUAGCGAAACACAAUGCGUCGCUCGAGUGCAACAAGCCGCUGGAAACAACCUCUACCGCGUCGAAUUGCCAGACACCAAGGCGCUGUUGGUGGAACUGCCUGCCCGCUUCCGCUCAACUAUUUGGAUCAAAAGAGGCGGCUUUGUGCUCGUCGACACGGGUGCUAUGACGGAGCGCGAGAACAAGUUGGACGGCGAGGUCAUCAAUGUGGUCAGAAACGAAAAGGAAUGGCGCAAGCAGAAGUACUGGCCCAAAGAAUUCGUCCAACGAGUCUCAUACGCUGAUGCCGACGACUCGGAUGAGGAAGAGUCCAACGUUGGAAAGAUGCCGCCCUCCGACUCCGAAGACGAAUGA